AUGGCGAAAAACACAUCUCUUUACUUUCGUAUUGUCGAAGGCAGGAACCUCCCAGCCAAAGACGUGUCUGGAACCAGUGAUCCUUACUGCAUUGUAAAAGUUGACAAUGAAGUUGUGGCCAGGACUGCCACAGUGUGGAAGAAUCUUAAUCCUUUCUGGGGUGAGGAGUACACGUUGCACCUCCCGACGGGGUUCCAUUCACUCUCGUUUCUUGUCAUGGAUGAAGAUACAAUUGGGCAUGAUGAUGUUAUUGGAAAGAUUACUCUGAACAAAGAAGCCAUUGGAACUCAGGCUAAAGGGAUUGAUAGUUGGUUGAACCUGACGAAGGUUGACCCUGAUGAAGAAGUCCAAGGAGAGAUCCACUUGAGUCUGGAGCUUCUGAAAGGCAUAAAGAAAAGCACACUGCGUUGUCAAGUCAUUGAAGCCAGGGAUGUGGCGCCCAGAGACAUUUCUGGAACAUCGGAUCCAUUUGCACGACUUCUUUUCAAGAACCACAGUGCAGAAACCUCGAUUAUAAAGAAGACCCGGUUUCCUCACUGGGGAGAGACGUUAGAGCUGGAGUUGGAAGCAGAAGAGCUACGUGAAGAGGGGGCUAUUCUGGUGGAGGUCUGGGACUGGGACAUGGUGGGCAAAAACGACUUUCUGGGAAAGGUGGAAAUCCCUUUUGCUUGUUUGCACAGAACACCUCUGCUAGAGGACUGGUUUCGUUUGCUGCCCUUGGGAAACAAUGAGGUUGACACUAGUGGGAAGCUGGGAGCGCUGCGUCUGAAGGUGCGUUUGGUGGAGGAUCGGAUUUUGCCGUCCAUGUACUACCAGCCCCUCAUUGACCUUCUGGUUGAGUCGGUAAUCUCCCCCGCAGAGGUGGAGGACAGCAGCUCGCUGACCAUGCUGGAGGACGUGACCACCAUAGAGAGCAGGCAGGAUGUUGCCAUGACUCUGGUGAAGAUCUAUCUGGGACAGGGCCUCGUGGUGCCAUUCCUGGAUUACCUUAACACCCGGGAGGUCAACAACACAACCGAUCCAAACACUUUAUUUCGCUCCAACUCACUUGCCUCCAAGGCCAUGGAACAAUUCAUGAAGGCUGUCGGCAUGCUGUAUCUGCAUGACGUGUUGAAACCCAUCAUCAAUCGCAUCUUUGAUGAGAGGAAGUACAUUGAGCUGGACCCAUGUAAAAUUGACCUGAACCGCACAAGACGCAUUUCAUUUAAGGGUGCCGUGUCAGAGGCAGAGAUUCGGGACAGCAGCGUGGAGAUGCUGCAGCUCUAUUUAACCAGCAUCAUUGAAUCAAUCGUGGCCUCGGUCGAUCAGUGUCCUCCGGUUAUGAGGGUGGCCUUCAAACAGCUGCACAAGAGAGUAGAAGAGCAAUUCUCUGAACCCGAGAACGAGGAUGUAAAGUACCUGGCCAUCAGCGGAUUCUUCUUCCUGCGUUUUUUUGCUCCUUCUAUCCUCACGCCUAAACUGUUCCACCUGAGAGACCAGCACGCUGACACCCGUACAAGCAGAACACUGUUACUCCUGGCCAAGGCUCUACAAAGUGUCGGCAACCUGGGCCUUCAGCUGGGUCAUGGGAAGGAGCAAUGGAUGGCGCCUCUUCAUCCCAUCAUCCUUCGCAGCGUGGCCUCUGUCAAAGACUUCCUGGACAAGUUAAUCGACAUAGAUCAUGACAUCGUGUCUUCAGUGCCUCAGAGGGCUGUUUUCAUGCCUUCAGUGACGGUCAAGGAGGGAUACCUCCACAAACACAAAGCAGAGGGACCGCAGCUGCUGUCCCGCUUCGCCUUUAAGAAGCGCUACUUCUGGCUGACUAGUGAGACGUUGUCCUACGCCAAGACGUCUGAUUGGCAGGUGCGCUCCUCAAUCCCCAUUCAGUGUGUGUGCGCAGUGGAGAGGGUGGAUGAAAAUGCCUUUCAGCAGCAGAAUGUAAUGCAGGUCAUCACCCAGGACAACGACGGACAGCUGCACACCAUGUACAUCCAGUGCAAGAAUGUGAAUGAGUUGAACCAGUGGCUUUCUGCGAUAAGGAAAGCCAGCAUCUACAAUGAGCACAUGCUGCCCUCUUUUCAUCCGGGCGUUCAUCGGAGCGGCAAGUGGACCUGCUGCCUGCAGGUGGACCGGGCUGUAACAGGCUGCAGCAGAACCCACUCUGCUGUCACUCUGGGGGACUGGAGCGACCCUCUGGAUCCUGACGUAGAGACCCAAAUGAUAUACAAGCAGCUCCUGCAUGGCAAAGACGCCCUCAGGGAGAAGUAUUUGGAGAUGCCUGAAGCUGACCUGCCAUCAAGCAAUACAGAAAGGAUAAACUCUGAUAUUCACUCAGACGGCGCAGAGUGCAACGUUCAGCUAAUGAAGCCAGGUCAGUGUGUUGCCGCUCGGCUGCUGGCAGUGAUAGAGGAUCUGCAGCAGGCUCACGCCACCUUUCAACAAAAAGAGAAAGAGGACGCCGCCUGUGUCAUUUUGAAUCCCUAGACUGAGCACGUUAUGGGAUUUAUUAUUGUCUGAGUGGGAGGGAGGUGUUGGAGGAGGAAGAGCACCAAAAUGAGCAAAGAUCCUCCUAUUGAUUGUAACGGAAGGGAAAAAAGUGUCGACACGGUGCAACCUCCUCCAGCUUUUUAAUUAUUUUAAAGAAAUGUGAGGACUCAGCUGAUUUGAAUCUGUUUUGUUUUUCUCCGAGUGCCACUGAUGACAGCG